UGAUUAACCCUUCCGGUCUGAACAGGAGACCAACAGCAGGGCGAAGUGCAGACAACCUGCUUAACUCUCAAUCUUGAGAUUAUCAAAGCACAAUUUCAGCAGUUUCUGCUGCUUUUUGAUGCACUGGCAGCAACUGGGGAUCCGUUCAAACACUUAUAUGCUUAACAGUCACAAGUGGGGACUUUAUAUACCACAAAAACCAUUAAACACACUGAAUGUAGCUUCAGCGGAGCCGUCUAGUAGUUUCUGACGAUCCUCUGCGUUGCAUGAGAGAGCCAUGGAUGCUUUCGAGGGAAUUCACAGCGUCCAGAUUUCCUCUACCCCACCAUCUUCAGCAGCAGUCAGCCCGGGAUAUGAAGUCCUUAAAGCAGGGAGAUCUGGAAUAGCCGUAUAUUCCUCCACAGUAUUUUUUGGCACACCUGAUGUCCUCAAAUCCAGACGCAAGUCCAGCAGGGAGACCGAGGAGGAAGGCUGUGUUAUUGGACAGUUGGUAGAUCUGGAUCCAGAGCCGAAGUCCAGAGUGGAGGGCGGAGGCCAGGCUGAGCCAACUUCAGGCAGAGACCAUGGCGACCUCUCCCGGCUUCGUAGCUCCUCGUUGGAGAUCAGAGAAAAAGAAAUCAGAGAAAAGGGGUCAGAGAUCCUUAGGGAACAGCUGGACGCUGCGAAGAAGGAACUGAAACUGAAGGACAAGGAGUGUGAGCGUCUGUCGCAGGUCAGGAACCAACUGGAGCAGGAGCUGGAAGAGCUGACUGCCAGUCUGUUUGAGGAAGCUCAUAAGAUGGUGCAUGAAGCUAACGUCAAACAAGCAACUGCGGAGAAACAACUGAAGGAGGCUCAGGGAAAGAUUGAUGUUCUGCAAGCAGAGGUGACAGCACUCAAAACUCUAGUGUUGACAUCAACACCUUCUUCACCAAACCGGCAGCUGCAUCCACAGCUGCAGUCUUCAGGAACCAGGGGGGCUUACAAAAAACAUGUCGGGGGCCACAUCCGCAACAAGAGCACGAGCAGUGCCUUUCCAUCCUCAACUGGAAAACCAGAGCCUUCCUCUGUUUCUGUUCAGCCUGUGACCAAAGAGGACCGAGAGCCUGCUGUUCCUGCUCUCCUUUCUCUGAUACUCUGCCUGGUCCCUGGCCAGUCUGUCAGUGUGACCUUUGACCAUUACUGGCAGGAACGGGGGGAGGGGCUAGGCACUGACUGCAGACAGAUGGACUCUGUUUUAUAUGCAGAAUUUCUGAUGUGGAAGGAGAAUCCAAGUCUCGAGCGAUCCUCUGCCUUCUUGAGUCGCAUCUACAGAGAAGAUAUUGGACCCUGCCUCUCCUUCACGAGAUCUGAGCUGUCACAGCUGGUGCAAAGUGCAGUGGAAAACAAUUCUUUGACGAUUGAGCCUGUGGCCCUGUCAGCGUUACCGAUGGUUAAAGCCUCAGCUGUAGAGUGUGGCGGCCCGAAUGGCUUUAGGGCAGCAGUAGAGACAAAAUGUGCAUUAAGCGGCAUGUCACGCCUCUGCCGACAUCGCAUUAAACUUGGUGACAAGGAGAGCUACUAUUACAUCUCUCCUUCCAGCCGAGCCCGGAUCACGGCUGUUUGCAACUUCUUUACUUAUAUCCGCUACAUCCAGCAGGGCCUGGUGAGACACGAUGCGGAGCAGAUGUUCUGGGAGGUGAUGCGUCUUCGCAGGGAGAUGACUGUGGCGAAGUUAGGUUUCUACGUCACUGACCAGGGCUAGAAGACCUGACAGUCCAAGGAAACAGGACAGCAUGAUCCCAGGACCUGGAUUAUUCAAAGUCCUAGUGAGGGUUAAACUGUGGUAACACAAACAGGUCUUGGAUCGGUUUUAGUCGCAGAGGUUGUACAGCAUUAUAGUUCUGCAGCAAAGGUCAAUUAACAAGGGAAGCAGAAACCGUUCAUGUGCCACUUUUAUGCAUUAAGACAACAAAUUUAAGCAACAGAGCCAGACAGAAGUGAAGUGAAAAAACAAAACUGCUAUACUGAAGGCCUUCAGUAAUUCUCUCCAGUGGUGAGUAGAAUUGUCUCUCUUACUCAGACCUCCCCGGCUGGAGUGCACACAACUUAUCAUGUUGAUAUAAUAGUCUGUGCGUCAUGUUUCAGGAGUUCAUCCGAUGAAAUGCAGGGUGAAAGCAGUCUAGAGAGAUUAGUUGGUCUCUUACCUCAAGUAUUACAUUCGUAUGUAAUUGCGUAAUGUAGUAGUUCUUUUGUGAGACUGACAACAUUCAUGUAGUUUCACAGAACAGUUAUUUGGGUAGUGUUCUUUAUUUGUACAUAAACAGCAGUAUAAUCCUCACUAGCAUCUCAUUGUUGCUUUCAAUUAUCUUCUCAAACACAGCCAAUACUUUUUGUCCCAGCAUUUGAUGCACUCCUGCACCACCUGAUCUAAAAACACAAACGAAACAGCUGCAGCCUCUUGCAAGGGAAACGUUUCAUGUUAGCCUGGCUUGUAAUUAAUGAACAGAUUUAUUGUUAAUGAAUUAGUUAAAACUCACCUAUGCUCAACGUAGUGACAGUUCAGUAAAGUCAGAAAGCUUUAAUACAGGUGAUUGUAAUAUGCACAACUGUUGACUGUAGUUUUGCACGUCUGCAGUGAACAGUAUGUACGUGCAGUAAAAGCCAUAAAUGACUUUGCAUGAAUGCAGUACAUAGCCAUAUUAUACAGUUUAUAAUGGUUGUACCUCAUAGUAUAGAUUUAUUAUUAUUAAUGGCCAAUUUUUACAGACCGCGACCUCUUGAAGGUAAAAAUGAAGAACAUUGUGUCAGAAAGUGCAAUAACUGCUUCUUGGCCAUCUUUAGGUCUUUGAGGUUCCUAACCUCAGCGUACUGAUAAUUAACUGUGUCUUCUGGUGUAAACACUCCAUUAAAGAUGAGGCAUUGUAGGUGGCCUGAUUACA